GAGAGAGAGAGAGAGAGAGAGGGAGGGAGGCGCAGGCGGCGGAGGAGAGGUGAGAUCGGGAGGCGCAGGCGGCGGAGGGGAGAGAGGGAGAGAGAGUUGAAGGGGAAGCCCUUCAGGUCCGCAGGUGAGUUCGCCGCUCGCAGGUGUUCCGGCGUUGCGUGCGUCUCGGUAUCGAUGGCGAACAAGUUCCGGACCAUCUGUGUGGUUUCGUCGGUGGUCGGUGUGCGUCUCCGGUGUGGAUGGUGUUUCGAACCUCUGGUGUCCAUGGUGCUCUGGCGUCGUCUGCGUCUCCGAGAGGAUGGUGAUCGAUUUCCGGACCUGUCUGUUUGGUUCUGUGGGUGGUCGAUGUGCGUCUGGGUGCUCUGCCCUUGUGUGCGCCUCCGAGAGGAUGGUGGUCGAUUUCCGGACCUGCCUGUUUGGUUUUGUGGGUGAUUGAUGUGCGUCUGGGUGCUCUGCCGUUGUGUGCGUCUCGGUGUAGAUGGUCAUCCAGUUCAGGACUUCUCUGUUUUAGACGAUGGUGGUAAAUACUUUUUCCCCGAUGAUUACGGAAUUUCCGAGUUGCUCGUUUUUUUGUUUCUGGAGAUUUGUGGUAUGCUGAUUACUUCAAAUCCGUAUGGUUGAUUAGUUGAUUUCGGGGUGGGGGUAAAUUUGGGCGUGGGGCGUGGGACUCUGGUGAUUAGGUAAUGGCGACAAGGUAUCUGAUACUGUCCCUACCUACGGGCGAGGAGGAUGCUGGUGCCUCAAAGUAUGCAGACUCUUUUUGGGAUGAAUUGCACAGAUCCCUGUCAGGCUUGCACGUACCACUCUACAGGCUCAACGUUCCAAAAUUCCGAAGAACUACACUUAAUGUUCUGGAUGGCGUCGCAGACAGCCUUACCAAUUUAAAUGCAGAAGUACAAGACCUCUGCAAUACCAUCCAUCAGUAUAUCAUGGAGAUUGGGAGUGUCUCCGCAUCAAAACAAAAGAGUACUGCAGUCACAAUCGGUGGUCUCUCCAUGGAUGAUUGUAUAUCAAUGUUUCUAUAGGAUGAGAAAAAAUAUUGUCUGGAGUCGCCUAUCAAGGAUUUAGUCUCUAUCAUCAAUUCUGAGAUUUCCAAUGUGAAAAGUGAUAUGAAGGUAAAGAGGGCAAAGUAUGAUGAUGUUCAAAGGAAGCUUCGUGUGGUUAACAGAAAACAAGGUGUUGUAAGCCUUAAAGAGAUUGACUUUUACGGCCUCCUGCAACCAGAAGAUAUGGUGUUCUCUGAACAUCUUGUAACACUUUUGGUGAUUGUACCAAUAACAUCCCAGAAGGAAUGGUUAUCAACCUAUGAGUUCCUUGAUCCUUUGGUGGUACCACGAUCAACUAAAAAGAUUUAUGAGGACCGGGAAUCUGCUCUAUACACAAUUACACUAUUUGCUAAGGCUGUUCCAAAUUUCAAGGAUCGUGCAUGGAAGAAACAUUUUCAGGUUAGCGACUUUAUGUUUAGCCCCGAGGCAUACGAAAGAAGAAAGCAAGGGAUCCAGGAGUUAGUUCAUGACCAGGAAGUUACAAAGGCCUCUCUUUUGCAGUGGCUAUAUGGAAGCUACAGCGAGGUUUUUUCCCGCUGGAUGCAUGUCGUUACUAUGCUUGUCUUUUCUGAGAGUCGUCUCCGGUAUGGCCCUCAUGCUAGAUUCCUGUCAGUGGUUCUUGUUCCAUCUAUGGACAAUGAGGGGAAAAUUAGGAACGCCUUGGAGGAAUUGACUGGUGGUGGAAAGAGUUACUGGAAUUCUGCAGAUUCAGAAGAUGCGUUUGCUCUUAUGGGACUGGUUGGUCAAACCGACCCAUAUCACUAUGUUUCAUUCAGCAUCAAGGUUGUCUGAGGAUGGGGUGCACGUGGAGAUGAAAAGUGCUUAAAAACCAGAGGCUGUGUUCACAGAGGAUUGAAAACCGAAGUUGUUUCAUCAUCAAACCAAAACAAGUUUAGAGGAAUGAUAUCUGAAUAAAUUCUUCAGCAAUGGUACUGCUUAUGUCAAGCUUGUCCGGCAAAGAUGCUCUGUGUAGCCGGUGUGUUCCUCAUGUUGAGAGUGAAAAAUGUUCCUUUCCAAAUCUUGAACAUACAGUGGUGCUUCAUUGUCAAUUUAUUGACAACUUGAGAUGCAACUUUUUAGUUCCAUUCGUACUUUUUUUCCUUAUUUGUCUGGGAAUUUUCAUGCAAAGAAUUUAAGUUCCUGCCGCUUACCAGUUCUUGGUGCAUGUAAUUUUGCUGAUGGAAUCACCAUACGUUUGUUGAAGUGAUCUCACAAACUGUAAAGAACUUUGAGUUAAAGAUUACAAUGGACAGGUA